CACAAAUUACCUUCAAAUUGUCAUUUGACAGCCCUGAUAGAAUAAGGUAUAUUUAUUAUAAAAGAGGAGUAAAAUGGUUGGCCUUAGCACUUAAAGGCCUUAUUUGAGGCUUACAAGUGCCUCUGUAAGAAACACAACGUUUAAAACAAUUAUUAAACAGCACAAACCCAAAGCACAAGAAUUGUAAACAACAAAAAUGGCCGCCGUUAAACUCUGUGCAGUGAUUUUUAUUAUUUUUAGCAUGAGAUAGAACAGACCUUGUUGUGUGGAUUGUGGGUAGACUAUUUUUUAUUUUACAAUAUCCCACAUACUACAUAGUACCUACAUAGUUCUGGUAUUUCUGUGAAUAAUAAUUACACAUUUUUAUAUUGAUAAAAAACAUUGGAGUACAAAGUAUAUGUAUGUUUCUGAUAUUUAUACUGGCUGGAUAGAUUAUAGUGCUCAUUGAAUCAACAAUUAAAGUUAUGGCAGAAUUUGUUAAACUUUUUGAGAAUUUACAAGGCAAAACAGUAGGAGAACGCAAGAAAAAUUUAUUCCUUUUACUUAAACAAGAUGGUUUUAAACAAAAUCAGGAUGAGAUUCUAAAAAAUUUGGUUCCCAAAAAUUAUUUGGAACAUCUUUUUUAUAUUGAUACUCUUAUUUAUUUACGCAGGACGACAGAAUUGCUUAAAAUUUUAAAGGAAGGAAAUGAUGUAUAUGUUAGUAAAAUAGUUAAAGAGAUAUGGUUUUUUAAAGAGGCUUUUAAUAUUAUAAAACCACAAGAUUUUGUUAACCAAUGUUUGCCAGAAAUGUCUUAUUCAGUGAGGAUGAAAACACUAAAAAAGUUGUUCCAUAUAAGUUCAGAAGAACAAUCUGAUGCACUUUUCAAGGCUGUUUUGGACCGGUACGGACUUUUCCUGGCGUUGAAUUUUUUGCCAUUUUGCAGCGUUGCCACUAUUAAGAAAACCAUUGAAAUGGAAGAAUUAAAAUUGCAUGCUGGACAUUUGCAAUUAUUUUUAAAAAAAGAUCCUGAAUUGGUUAUUAAUUAUUUUGACAAAUUUGGACAUGGGAUCAAGAAUAAAAAUAAGUUUUUAAAAUAUGUAGCUUUGCAUAAUUUAGAGUUUUUCCUUAAAUUGAUAAGGAAAUAUGACAAUAUAUAUGAAGGGCAUGUUGGCGUCAGGACAACGAAAAGAAUUAUUGAUCUAAACAGGCAAGAUGUUAUUAAUCAUCCAGAAAAAUAUGAAAUUUUAAAGAAAAGUGUGAUUCCGAGAAAAUUGCACAAGGAUUUUAGAACUUAUUUUUUAAAUGUAUGUUCAAAAAGGCUCAGUAACUUUCCAAACCAAGUAUCGUGCAUUAAUUACCUAAAAUUUGUGCCUGUAAAUAUUAAGUUUACGCUAAUAGCAGAUACAUAUAAAAUAUUAAUCAAAAGCGAUAUGAAAUCCAACUCGGUUUGGAUGGAGAAUAAAGAUAUCCUCGAUUAUUUGUUUUUGGUAGACCCCGAGGGAGCCGCAAAAUUCGCCAUGAUUAAUUACCAAAAGUCCAACAACAACAGUUAUUUGAAGCACUUGCCUAUUAACAUAAGCAUACCAAUGUUGAAGGAAAAAAUUAACUUAACCAGUAGUAUUAGCGAUAGAUCCAAGCUUAUCGACCUUAUGGUUUUGUUUUGCAAAUUCCAUAAAGAUUUAAAUGCCCUAGAAGAAGUUAUGACAUAUUUUUGUAAAAGGCAUCGGAAUGAUGACUACAAUACGCGUAAAUCAUUUUUGAACACCGUGUUACGGUGCUUCAAAUAUGAAGAUUUCAAUGAUAAGCACUUCACCUGUCUUAUGGAUUUAAAGAAAAUCCACAAAAUGAAGAAUGAAUAUGAAAGUAACGACAUUCUAUAUUCUUACUUGGAAUUUCUUUAUAAGAACGGAAAACCGUACAAAGAAGUUUUAGACGCAUUCGUCGAAGAAACAAUAGAAGAUGGUUGUUAUUUCAAUAUUGUCGAUCAAAAAGUCGGAGAAGUUUUGAAAAUAGCUUUGCUAGAACUUUUUAAACAGAUUCCCAUUCAGAAGAAAGAAGAUUAUGUUUUAGAAGACGCCAGACUAUUUUUAAAUUUUUUUGAGUUUAAUAAAAAAUUCCCUGAAAUGGAAAUCGAUAUAUGGGCAUUGCCUAGACUCGUCAACGCAAUUCAGAAUUUUAAAACAAGCGAUGCUUCGUGGGAUUUGAUAAAAUGUAUAGAAAAAAUGAUAUGCAAGAAAAACAGAAAACCGUAUGAAAAUGUCGUUAAGGAUUUGUACUUUGAAGAUUUCGGUGAAAACAGUUAUAACAAUUAUAUUGUUGAUUGGUUUUUUAAUUUUGAAAUCGCAGAAUUUGCAAAACAUUUUGAUAACAUUUUGCUUUAUAUUCCAACAAAGGGUUUUGACAGUUGGUACACGUUAAAUAAAUAUAGCCACUUAAAUUUGGAUAUUAAAACUGUUGAAUUUCUAAAGCAGCAAUUCGGAAGCGAGCAAAAAGCACAAGAUAAGAUUAAAUACGUAAUUCCUUUGGUAAAAAUGUUGCCCCCCGAUGAAUACAUAAAAUUUAUCGAACCUUAUUUACCCAAAUCGGAAAAAGUAGAUUUGGAAGAUAAAGAGGCAAGAGAUCUGUAUAAUUUGCAGUGUUGUAUUGCUGAGAGUUUAAAAAAUGUUCAUCGUAAAUCCGCUGUAUUAGAUACAAUUACUAAAUUUGCCAUAGGCGAUUAUUUAAAGGCUAUCUUGGGACCGCUUUACAGCGCUUCCCGAAAGGUGCCUGAAAAUCAAAUAUAUGCGGCCAUUGAAACCCUUGGUACAAAAGCUGUAAGCGUAAGAAAACAUUCGCUGUUCUUAGCCAGAGAUAUUUUAGAAAAGAAAGUCGUUAUAGAAAAAUUGAAAAAAUUUGGAUCCGAAGAAAAGAACAUUUCAAUUCAAAAACACUUGUACACUUGUACAAUGAAGUAUUUUAUUCUAAAUCCAUGCGAGGAAACAUUGAAUUUGGUUAAAACAUUUAUUAAUUUCAUAGACAAGUUCGAUGACGAGUCUCUUACAAAUUUAAGCCAAUGCAAAGUUCCAAAAAAAUGCAAACCAAUAAUUUGGCAAUGGGCUUGGGAAUAUUUUUAUGCCAACCAAAAAGUUAUCAUCACACCUGAAAAGUAUAUGAACGAAAUUUUAUCUCUGGCUGACCAGCGGGUAAUUGAGGAAAUUCCUAUAGAACUCUCACAGAAAAUUAUAAUGGAAACAUUUUUAAAUAAAGAGAGUGCUCUUAUGUCAAACAACGGCAUAUUGCAGUUUGUCGUUAUGUUUUUGGUAUAUGAAAAAAGAGUUGAUCCGUUUUCUUUAGUUUUUAAUAUUGUUUCAAAUUAUAAAACAAACCAUUGGCAUAAUACAACUGACAAAAAUAUUCAAUUAUUCUUUGAUGAGUUUACUGGAAAUGUAAACAGUAUUUUUUUCACUUCAAGUUUGAUUGUAAAAUUUUGCGAGUUUUGGGAAUCAAUGUUUACACCAGUCGAAGCAUUUAAACAAUAUGCUAUACUAAAACAAAUUAAAAUGUAUAAAGAGAACUCAGAAAAUCUUGAGUCGUACGCUAAAAAUGUUAUAAAAUUUGUGGAAGAAAGUUACACUAUCUAUGGUCCUUUGAUAAUUUUUAAAUUAGCUGCUCACGUCAAAUACAUCAACAAUAUUCUUUUGUCAGAUAAUUUUCGUAUACAAUUUGUAAAGUACUUACUUAAAUUUAAAACCAGUAUUGCUAUAGAUAUUUUAAUUUUGCAAUUCGUUGAUGUUUUUCUUGAAAAAGAUAAAUAUGAAAUUUUAAAUUUUCUAUCGCAAAAUGAUAAUAUUUCCUUUCAAAUAUUAUACAAUAGUCAGUUAAGAGAUUAAAUUUAUAAAUUCGCACUUACCAUUUUUGUUUAUUCUAUAAUUAACUAUUUUAAGUAUUAAUUUUAUUACAAUGUUAUCAUACAAACCUCAAUGUUGACAAUAAAAAUAUUAUAUUAAUGUUUAUCUUAUUAUAUUAACCUUUCCAAACAACAAAUAAGUUAUGGCUUCGUAACAUUAAGGCGUUCCAAUAAAGGGGACGUGUAAUAUAAAAU